AUGUUCAUAGCUCUAAAAUUCUAUCAUUAUAUGUUAGAUAGUCUUGGGAGUAAACCCAAUCUUUUGGGGAACAAUAUAAUCAGCGUAAAAAUACAGAAGUGCUUUGAGGUGAACGCAACACUUGUGGAUCUUGUAUACCAUAAAGUGUUCUUUACAUAUUGGCUGACGUCAGAGCUAAAAAUUAAAAACCACGAAUAUUGGAAGUGCACGAAAGCCGUCCAGAUAGCGUACAGACGCGGAAAGAAUCUGAGCAAAAACAAUGGGUGUAUCUCUUAUUCAGCAUUUUCUGCUGCCUUUCGGACUCCUGGUCUGGACGGCGGACGUUGGAGUGUCCGAGGAGGUUGCCAUUUGUGUCCUCAAAACAACAAAAUUAGUGGCAUCGUACGGUUCGUGCAAACCAGUAACUGGAGUGUUGAAGUCACAGUGAAUGUCACUGGUCUUCCACCGGGAUCUCAUGGCUUCCACAUUCACCAAUACGGGGAUAUAUCUAAAGGCUGCGCCAGUGCAGGAGGCCACUACAACCCACUCUUCAUGAACCAUGGUGGACCCAACAGUUCUGUACGACACGUCGGUGACUUGGGUAACAUUGUGGCAAACUCUGACGGGAUUGUUGUCCACUGCCGUAAAUAUCACAACUUCACUCUCCAUGGAACCCAUUCGAUUCUAGGGCGUUCUAUUAUCAUUCACGCCGACGAAGACGACUACGGAAUUGGCAAUCACAACGACAGUCUCACGACUGGUCACGUUGGAGCCCGCCUGGCUUGCUGUUCCAUUGUCGUUUCUCAAUGA